UCCAUCAUAACAGGACGCACGAAAAGGUCUCGAGGGCCUGAGCUCCAAAAUUCAAAAGUCCGCCAUUUUGCUCAUAUCAAGUUCCAAAGUUAUUGAUUUCAUUAGUGAGUUAUCUAGACAGUGUGUUGAUGAGUGAGCAGGUUAUUCAGUUAGUCGUGUUAAUUAGUGAGUUAGGUAGUUUGAAAUUUAGUAGGCUAAUAAGUUAGCUGUGAGUUAGCUAGAUGGUGAGUAAUUAGUGAGCAAGUUAUUGAGUGAUUGAGAAUGCUGGUUCGCCAGUUAGUCAGCUAGCAGUAGUGAGUUAGCUAGUUAGUUUGGAGGAUUGGGCUCUUUUUUAGGGGGUUGCAUCAGUGGCCGAGUUUGGGCAAGAUGGUGGCAAUUUUGCCUUCAAGUCCCAAAGGAACCUCCAAACUUUGGAAGCUCCUAAAUUCACUUCCUAAUUUUCAUACAACAACAAUGGAUUUUCGGUCGGUGCGAGGGCGAAUGGUUGCUUUGUUUCUAUGUGCCGUGCGAUUGCCUGGCGACCAGUUCCGGGUGUCGCCCCCGCCCGAAGAUAGCCGGGUGGGCUCCAGCACGCCCGCGACCCCCGUGAGGAGAAGCAGAACGGAAGAUGAAUGGAUGGAUGGAUAGAUUAUAUCUCCUAUAAGAAUCUUUCUGAGCAGCCCUAAAAUGCGUUUUUGCUUUCGGGGUGUAAAAACGUCUUCGGGGUGACGUCACCACCUGCUGGACACGAGGAGAAUGCAGAGGCUUAUGUGACGUCAUCGCGAGGAGAGCCUGCGGACCAGAAUCGAGCACGCGCGCGCGCACGGGAGAGAAGGAGGUGAGCUCCGGCAAAGAUGGCGCGCUGGCUCCUUUUGGACUUUCCUCGGGGAGGAUUGGAACCUGCACCCCGAAGUCCGGCAACUAUUUUGUGGUUCAGGGUCCCCGCGUGAGGGCGUGCGGACGGAAACUUGUCCAAGUUCUCGGGACGACAAGUUGUCUUUGUGGGGCUGUCGCUCCCCUUUGUGGCCUGCCAGCGCCCACUCGUCAUCUUCUUCUUCAUCUUCAUCAUCCUCGUCAGCCCACAUGGCCAAAGGGGCGGGGCCACCGCACGGCUCGGACCCGGGUCCGAGCGAAUCCGACGUGCGUCGCUGUGAGGAGGCCUGCCGGGGGGGGGACUUUGCCCUGGCGGCGCGGCUGUGCACGGAGGCCCUGGCGGCAGACCCCCUCAACUGCGUGGCGUACAGCGCCCGCUCGGCGGCCCACCUCGGCCUGGGUCGCUACCGCCGGGCCCUGCGCGACGCCAACAAGGCCCGGGACAUCAACCCCAAGUGGACGCAGGCCUACUUCCGCCAGGCGGUGGCGCUGCAGCACCUCGGUCGCCACGGAGAUGCCCUGGCAGCGUUUGCCUCGGGCGUGGCCCAGGACCCCAAGAGUCUGCAGCUCCUUACGGGAAUGGUGGAGGCCGCCAUGAAGUCGCCCCUCAGAGAGUCUCUGGCACCUACCUACCGUCAGCUGUGCGCCAUGAAACUGGAGCGCAGCCCCUUCAUGGUGGUGUCACUGAUUGGCCAGGAGCUGCUGACACAUGGAUUCCACGCCGCCGCCGCAGAAGCGCUGGAGGCGGCGCUGCAGAUCGGCACAUGCUCGCUGAAGAUGCGUGGCUCCGUCUUCUCGGCGCUCAGCGCGGCGUACUGGUCACUAGGCUACACAGAGAAGAGCCUGGACUACAUACAGCAGGACCUGGAUGUGGCCCGCACCUUAGGUGAUCAGACGGGUGAAUGCCGUGCCCAUGGCAACCUUGGCUCCGCCUUCUUCUCCAAAGGCAGAUAUCGAGAGGCGCUGGCCAAUCACAGGCAACAACUGGUUCUGGCCAUGAAGCUCAAGCACAAAGAGGGAGCGUCCGACGCCCUCGGCGCUUUGGGCCAUGUGUACACGGCCAUCGGCGACUACCCCAACGCGCUAGCCAGCCACAAGCAGUGUGUCGCGCUGGCCAGAAAAAAUGGUUGCCAGCUCUCAGAGGCCCGCCAGCUGGGCAACAUGGGUGCCGUGUACACCGCCAUGGGGGACGCCACCGGCGCACUGCGGUGCCACCAGCAACAUUUGGAUAUCGCUGAGGCUCUGGAUGACCGGCGCGAGGAAGCUCGUGCCUACAGCAACCUGGGCAGCGCCUACCACUCUCAGCGUGACUACGACAAAGCCGUGUCCUACCACAGGCGAGUUCUCAAGCUGGCUCAGGAGCUUGGAGACCGCACUGUGGAGAUGAGGGCCUACGCCGGCCUGGGACACGCCGCCCGAUGCAUGCAGGACCUGGAGGCGGCGCUGCGGUACCACCGACAGCAGCUGGAAAGUUCCGAGGAGCUGCAGGACGCAGCGGCCCGAGGCCGAGCCUCUUCCAACUUGGGCAUCAUCCAUCAGAUGAGGGGCGACUACAAGGUAGCCCUGAAGCUCCACAAGGCCCACCUGACCUGUGCCCAGGAGCUAGGUGACUACGCCGCCCAGGGGAGGGCCUACGGCAACAUGGGCAACGCUUACCACGCCCUGGGCCUCUACGAGCAAGCUGUGGGCUUCCAUCGCCAGGAAUUGAACAUCUCCCUGGAGGUGAAUGACCGUGCGUCCCAGGCCUCCACGCAUGGCAAUCUGGCGGUGGCCUACCAGGCGCUAGGUGCUCCGGAGCAGGCCCUCCAGCACUACCUGCACCACCUGACCAUCUCACGGGAGCUUUGUGACGUUCAAAGUGAAGCGAGAGCUUUAGCAAACUUGGGCAACUUCCAUUGCUGCAGAGGUGACUACACGCAGGCGGUGCCGUACUACCAGCAGUACUUGCUUCUGGCUCCCAGCCUUCAGGACCUGGAGGGUGAGGGAAAAGUUUGCCACAACCUCGCGUAUGCCCACUUCUGCCUGGGACAGUACCAAGAGGCCAUCAGAUACUACGAGCAGGACCUGGCCUUGGCCAAGGACCUGCAGGACAAGUUGGCCCAGGCCAAAGCUUACUGUAACCUGGGCCUCGCCCACAAAGCCUUGGGGGAGUUCAGGAGAGCAGAAGAAUGUCAGAGAUAUCUGCUCCAGAUAGCACAAGCUUUGGAGAACACACAGGCUAUCUUCAGGGCUUUGGGCAACCUUGGAGAUGUUUGUGUUUGUCUGGGAGAUCUUCAGGGAGCCAACCGCUUCUACCAGCAGCAGUUAUCUUUAGCUCAGAAUCUCGUGGAUAACAAGAUGGAGGCGGAUGCCUACUCAGCUCUAGGAUCAGUUCACAGGUUGCUUGGCCAGCUGGACACAUCCUUGUCCUUCCACAGCCAGGAGCUGACCCUGCGCAAGGAUCUUGGCGACCAUCGGGGGGAGUGCCACGCCCUGGGUCGCCUGGCCGGCGUACACAUGGCCCUGGGAGACUACGGCACAACCCUGCUGUGCUACGAGGCUCAGCUGGGUCUGGCGCAACGGCUCAACGACGCCCGCCUGGAGGCCCGGGUCCACGGGAACAUGGGCAUCGCCAAGAUGAACAUGGGCCACUUUGAGGAGGCCAUUGGCUUCUUGGAGCAGCAGCUAGCCAUGUUGCAGCAGGUGAGCUCCAGGGAGGGCAUCCUGGAUCGCGGAAAGGCUUACGGUAACCUUGCAGACUGUUACGACGCCCUGGGAGACUUUGAGGAGGCAAUUCAGUGCUAUGACAAGGCCCUGACGGUGGCUCAAAGUCUCAAGCAAGUCCAGGACCAGGAGAAAGCCUACAGAGGACUUGGCAAUGCUCACAGGUCUGUGGGCAACCUCCAGCAAGCUUUGGUGUGCUUGGAGAAGCGGCUGGUGUUGGCCCACGAGAUGGGCGGAGCGGCAGGUGGGAAGGCACAGGCCUACGGCGAACUGGGCGACCUGCACAGUCAGCUGGGAAACUACGAGCAGGCCUUGACCUGCCUGGAGCACCAACUCGGCAUCGCUCGCUCAACCGGGGAUGAAUCUCUGGAAGCGCAGGCCAGCGACUCACUCGGUGGAGUUUACCAAUUGAUGGCCGACUACAUGACAGCGCGGCAGUGGCACCAAAGAGCUCUGGACAUGGCGGAACAGAAGGGCUGCGUGAGGAACCAAACCCGAGCCUACGGAAACCUAGGAGUGACCUACGAGGCUCUGGGCAACUACGAGAGGGCCCUGGUUUUCCAGGAGCAGCACCUUAGCAUGGCGGCACAGACCAACGACUUGGUGGCCAAAACGUUGGCAUUCGGGAGCCUGGGGAGGGUACACCACGCACUGGCCAACUACACGCAGGCCGUGAUGUACCUGCAGGAAGGACUGCGCCUGGCCGAGCAGUUGGCUCGCAGAGAAGACGAGGCCAAGCUACGCCACCGUCUCGGCUUGUCUCUGUGGGCUGAUGGAAACCUGGAGGAGGCCCAGCACCAGCUGUACCGAGCAUCGAUUCUCUUUGAGAGUAUUCGUCGCGAGAUGCGGCACAGUCCAGACUACAAGCUCUCCCUCUUUGACCUGCAGAGCAGCUCGUACCAGGCUCUCCAGAGAGUCCUUGUCAGCCUCGGGCGCCACGAGGAGGCGCUCUCCAUAGCGGAGCGAGCCCGAACGCGGGCCUUCGCCGACCUUCUGGUGGAACGUCAGAAAGGACGCCAGCGGCCGGAAGGCUCAGACCAGUACGCUCCUGUUACGGUGGAGCACAUUAGGGAGACUGUCAACUCCCUGAAGGCCAUGGUGCUAUACUUCUCAGUGGUGGGAGGCUUCCUGUACAGCUGGCUUCUGGCUCCUGGUUCAGGCAUCGUCAAAUUCAACCAGGCCCGUGUGGGAGCUGAUGCGCCAGAGUUCCAAGACAACGGUUGGAGCUCGUUGGACGGCGGUCAACUUUCUCUGGAGCAGUACAUCUGCAACGCUAGAGAGGUUCUGGGAGUUGACGGAUACCUCAGCAGAAGCUGCCGCAGCGUGAGCAGCAUCAACAGCGUUUCUUCGGCGAAGGACGGCUCGUCUUCUCCUUCCUGCCGGCAGGGUAUCGAACGUUCUCCUCUCAGCGCCCUCUACGACUUGCUCAUUGCGCCGAUGGAGGCGGCCCUGCUGCACAGCAGCGGUCCAGCGGGCCAACAACGGCAGCUGGUCCUGGUCCUGGAGGGCGACUUGUACCUGGUGCCCUUCGCCUCGCUCAAAGGCAGCUCGUCCAACGAGUUCCUCUACGAGAUGUUCAGUCUGCUUUGCGUGCCCUCGUUAGCGAGCCUGCAAGCUUCCGGGAAGCGUUCCCACGCCGGUGACCCCUCGCCCUGCUGGGACGGUGGCUCCGUGUCCGCCGUGGUGGGGGCGCCCCUCCUGCCACCCGGCCUGAUGCGGCGCUGGUUGUGGGGGCCGCUGCCUUCUGCCCGGGAUGAGGCUCUGCGGCUGGGGGAGCAGCUGGGGUGUCGCCCGCUCACCGGCGUCAACGCCACAAAGGAAGGUGCCCUCGCCGCCCUCACUCGGGCGCAGUGCGUUCACUUUGCCACUCACGUUUCCUGGAAGCUUGCCGCCCUGGUGCUCGCCCCGGGUCGGGAACGAGCCGCCGCCCAGGAGGAGGAGGGGGGGCGGCAGAUGAUGGCUUCAAGUGCGGCGCGCAAACAUAGAGGGAAGAAGGCUUGUGAGGAUGAGGACAGCGAAUGUGAGAGCGCGUGCAGCGGUCCGCCGCUUGGAGAUUUCCUCCUCACCGCGGCGGAUAUCUUGGAGCGCAACCUGAGCGUCAAGCUGGUGGUCCUCAGGUCGUUCCCCGAGUGUGGCGUCCGGGUGACGUGUGACGGCUUGUCGGGCCUGACAGGAGCCCUGCUGUCGGCGGGCGUCGGAUGCGUGUGCGUGUCUCUGUGGCCGACUCCGCCCCCCGCCUCCAAACUCUUCAUGCGGACCUUCUACGCGGCACUGCUCAAUGGCGCCCCCUGCAGCGCCGCGCUCAAUGACGCCAUGAGGAUGCUACACAACAACAAGGACUUCGCACACCCCUCAAACUGGGCAGGUUACCUUCUGAUCGGCGGCGACGUGAAGGUGAGCGGCCCCGAGUCCGUGGCGCGACAGGCCUUGGCGGAGGUCCUCCGGCACGCCGACAGGGCCAGGGACGCCCUGAGGGUCCUUCUCCACCUGGUGGAGAAGUCUUUGCAGCGCAUUCACAGCGGCCACAACAACGCCAUGUAUACGUCGCAGCGCAGUGUCGACAAUAAGGUCGGCGGUGUUCCCGGGUGGCGAUCCCUGCUGUCGGCGUUGGGUUUCCGUUUGGACCUCGGCGGUUCGGGCCUCCCCGCCGCCGUCUUCUUCCCCACGUCGGACCCUGGAGAACGGCUGCGACGUUGCAGCCUCACCAUGCAGGCCCUGCUGGGUCUGAGCGCUGCAGCAUUUCAGGCUCUUUGCAAACUGCUGUCAGCACCUGAAGCGGGAGAGCAGCUCGUACGCAAGCUCCACCAGGUGCUGCCGCAGCUGCCGUCGGCCGACGGCGAGCGCGACCGGCCAUCGGCCGCCGUCCAAACCUCCCUCAGCGUGCGCGUGUGGAGGCUGCCGGGCUGCCACGAGUUCCUCGCCGCGCUGGGGUUCGAUCUGUGCGAGGUGGGUCGGGAGGAGGUUCUGUUGAAGACGGGGAAGCAGGCCAGCAGGCGCGCCAUCAACUUCGCCCUUCAGUCUCUCCUGGUACUCUUUGACUCCACGGAUCUUCCCAAUGAUGUCAGCGUGUCCAGCUCCUCCUCUCUGGAGUCUCUCUCGUCCUCCCCGUCGGCAUCUCAGCCGCCGUCUUUUCCCGCCUCGCCGCCUCGUCCGUCCUCCCCAUCCGCCAUCUGCCGGGACGCGCUGUCCGGCGACGCCAUCUCCGUCUACAGCCUCAGCUCGCUCACCUCCUCCCUCAGCUUCCUGCCGCGGCCCGAGCCCGCGGGAAGCGACGUCGACAGUCAGCGCUCGCGGCCCCAGGAGGGGGCGGAGACGCCUGGCCGCUCCAGGCGAACGACCGAUCAGAGCAAAGGGGAGGCGGGCGAUGAGGACUACCAGGGCUACGCCAUCAUCAGCAGCGAACCUCUCGGGCUCGGGGACUUUGACGCACCACCCGCAGGACACCACCACACCAGGGGUGGCGACAGGGAAAUGGAGGGCGGAGGAGGGUCCGCCACCACUUCCACGUCAGUGUCUCCGAAAAAAGCGCCACCGCCAAAAGUUCCCCCCAAGCCGCAACACAAACAGGAAAUUUCAUCUCCACAGAGGAGCGUGCCGGCAGGCAAAGGGAAGACCUGCAGCUCCGAGUCAGACCGCUCGAGCACGGAGACCGACAGCACCGUCAAGUCCCAGGAGGAGCGGAGCAUGCCGCCGGGACAACUGGACCCCCAGGAGCUGGCCCGCAAGAUCCUGGAGGAGACCCAGGGCCACAUGCGAGCCGUGGAGAGCCUGCAGAGGGCCGCCGGUCGGCGCUCUCUCUCGACACCCACCACCCCGAUUCUGAGCAGGGGUGCGCGGGCCUUUCAGCCCUCUGAGACCAGCGCCUUCAGCAGACCCCCAAGUAGGACGAGUCUCGGCGCUCUGCCCCUCAGUCCUCUCUUGCCCAGACCACCUUGCCGCUCCUCCUCCCUGCAGAAGCUCGUGCCGUCCUCAUCUCCCAAACGUCUCACCUCACUUGACAAAGAGUCCCACCUCAAACCUUCAUCUGGCAGCGAGUCGCAACGAAAACCACCUGGCAGAGAGUCUCGCGUCGGACCUUCAACUGGGAGACAGUCCCACCUUACACCUUCAUCUUCCAUUGAGCCCCAUCUCAGACCUUCAGCUGGCAGCGAGUCCAAAGUCAAACCAUUUCACAGCAAGUCCCACCUCAGACCUUCAACUGGCAGAGAGCCCAACUUCAAACCUUCACCUGGCAGCGAGUCCCACCUCAAACUCUCCCUCAUCCCUUCCCCCUCCCCCAGGGCCGUUCCCCGACCCAAAAGCUUCAAGGCGGCCCGCCAACACGAGGGUGCGUCCCCCGCCAGCCUUCUUCCGGGAAAGAAAAUGAGCACAGUGAAAAAAGAUGUUCUCGGUUUGCUGGACCUCUCGCCGCGACGUGAGCCCACCGAGGGUCUGGAUCAUGUCCACCGCGUGGACACCAAAGCACCCGCCGCUUCCAAACCUCCAAAACGCACCAAAUUUCCUGCUGGCUACAAAUUUCUAGCAGGGCAUUUUUUCCCUUCUUCUAAGUGUUGACACCGGCACCUUAGUGGUUGCCAUGGUGAUUGCCAGGACCUGAUGUUCUGCGAAGGAUGCUGUAGAAGACACUGAGAUGUGAUGCGAAAGCUUUGGUUGCUAGGCAACAACUGUUGGUGUGAAGUAAACAGGAAGAAUGAACGUUGGUGAGACUUGGACUUGAGUUAUGAUGUGUCUGUGUUUAUACUUUGACGGACGCUGUCAAUUUGUCAGCUGAACACAUUUUGGGGACCAGAAGAUUUUAUAUAUAUAUAUAAAUAUAUAUAUAUAUAAAUAAAACUCUGAAUUACAUUACUGAGAAUAACUGAAACACAUUUAUAGCAUCAUAUUUCCUAUAUACUGUAAUUGAUUACACGUUCCAGUCAUUAUUACAUCUCAUAUGUAUUUAAGAAAAAAACGAGUAAAGCAAUGAAUUGAAAUAUUCUUCCGAUGUCUCAACUAAUAAAUGACUUCGUGAAACUUCAUAACUACUCAUUUUUUCAAGGAUUUUACAGUAGAGUGGACUCCUCAUAUUCACGGUUCGGCAUUCACAAAUGUACCUAUUUGAUGAUUUUGGGGGUAACCUAUCGCCUGUUAUUUGUUUUUAAGUCCCAUUUUUUUUUUAAUGGCAGAAUACUGUCUUCACUAUGUUUGCAAGCAUUUGGAAUGCUAUGAGCCUCUUCCCAUAGUUUGGUGUAUAUUUAUGGUUUAAACUAUCAAUAUAGGGAAUUAUACUUUUCGCUAUAUGUAGACUUUUGCUAUUUGCGGGUGGGCAAUUAUAAUAUGUUUUUGGGUGACCCCCACUGAAGUUAAUGUAAACAUUAGUGUACCUGAAAAGGCCAAGACACUGCCCAGUGAUUGGCUAGCGAACCCACUGUUAUUUUAUUAUCAUAAAUUGUGUUUUCACCUAUUUCUAUAUUGCAAAGUAUUUGUUUUUUAACCACACAAUGAUCAAAAUAAG